UUCGUGAUGCUGACGGCCUCGCGAUUCUUCAGAAUCUCGCACUCCGUGCGCUUGACCUCUAUUGUGGCCACGAGAUCACAACGUGCUUAUCAUGCAUUCCACGAGGAGCGCUAGAAUGGACGCUAUCGUUCGUGAUCUGGACUCAGUGACAGCCAAAAUUAAGCUAGGUGGUGGUGAAGAGGCUCGAAAGAGACAUUUGGGAAGAAACAAGUUGCUCCCGCGUGAUAGAGUCAAUCGUCUAUUGGAUGUCAACUCUCCAUUCCUAGAACUAUCGCCUUUGGCUGGAUAUGAGUUGUAUGAAGACGUUGUGCCAUGCGGCGGUAUCAUCACUGGUAUUGGAAAAGUCAAUGGAACCGAAUGCAUGAUUGUUGCAAACGACCCUACCGUCAAAGGAGGUUCCUAUUACCCUAUUACAGUUAAGAAGCACUUGAGAGCGCAAGAGGUAGCAAAAGACAACAAGCUCCCUUGUAUAUAUCUUGUUGACUCUGGUGGUGCAAAUUUGCCACGUCAAGCCGAUGUCUUCCCCGACAGAGAGCACUUUGGUCGCAUUUUUUACAACCAGGCCAACAUGUCAGCGCAAGGGAUUCCUCAAAUUGCUGUCGUUAUGGGUUCGUGCACAGCAGGUGGUGCUUAUGUUCCUGCUAUGGCAGAUGAAAGUAUCAUUGUUGGCAAGCAAGGAACGAUUUUUUUGGCUGGCCCACCUCUUGUCAAAGCUGCCACCGGCGAAGUCGUCAGUGCUGAAGAACUUGGUGGCGCAGACCUUCAUUGUCGAACUUCAGGUGUUACUGAUCACCUUGCACUCAACGAUGAGCAUGCACUUGCACUUGCCCGUCGUGUGGUUGGUACAUUGAACUACACCAAAAAGCCCCAGGUUACAAUACAAAAGCCGGAAGAGCCACUGUAUUCAGCGGAUGAGUUGGGCGGUAUUGUUGGUGAUAAUUUGAAAAAGCCUUUCGAUAUAAAGAAUGUGAUUGCUCGUAUUGUGGACGGCAGUCGAUUCAGUGAGUUCAAGGAACAUUACGGAACCACCCUUGUAACAGGAUUUGCCCACAUUCAUGGUUAUCCUGUUGGUAUCGUCGCCAACAAUGGAAUUCUAUUCUCAGAGUCUGCUCUCAAGGGAGCUCACUUCAUUCAACUCUGUUCUCAGCGCGGCAUACCGUUGGUCUUCUUGCAGAACAUCACCGGUUUCAUGGUCGGAUCAUCUGCUGAAGCCGGAGGCAUUGCUAAAAAUGGUGCCAAGUUAGUCACAGCUGUUUCUUGUGCCAAUGUACCAAAGUUUACUGUCAUUGUGGGUGGCAGUUUUGGUGCUGGCAACUAUGGCAUGUGCGGAAGAGCUUAUUCUCCAAGAUUUUUAUGGAUGUGGCCCAACUCACGUAUAUCUGUCAUGGGAGGUGAACAGAGUGCCAACGUACUGGCUCAAAUUACUCGGGACAGCAAAGAAAAGAAGGGGCAAGAAUGGCCAGUUGAAGACGAAGAGAACUUCAAGGCUCCUAUUCGGGAAAAGUACGAAAAGGAGGGUCACCCAUACUUCUCCAGUGCUCGACUUUGGGAUGAUGGUGUUAUCAAUCCUCGCGAUACACGUUCAGUUCUCGGACUUGCACUGAGUGCCAGUUUGAACGCCCCUAUACGCAAGACUGAUUUUGGUGUCUUUAGAAUGUAGAAUGUUCUUUUUUUAUUACAUUGUGAAGUAUUGAUAAAGUGAAAAAGUCUCUUCCUUUUUAUUUUAUCUUGCCAGUUCAUCUCGAGU